AAAGAAACCUUUUGAAAUCAUGGACACACGCCAGAUUAAUGACCCCGAUAUCGAUAUUCGCAUUAUACUUUUAAAUUCCACAACUAACUAUGUCUGUGUAUUAUCUAUAAACACAAACAUAACUUUAAAUCGACUAAAGAUCGUGUUAAUACACGAAACAGCUUAAGCUUCGAUUGGCAUGUAUACAUGUUUGAACCACGUUUCUGUUUGUCUCAAUACACAAACUGUGGUUGACAAUGUGAAUAAGGAAGACAAUUUAUUAGUUCAUUCAAUGUUUUAUGACCUAUCUUUAAUAAAAUAGCUUUCUUUGUGCGGAUUAUUUUGUUUGGAAAUAAAAUUCUUACAUUGAUAUUGGUCUACAUGUAAAAAUUGUCUACGAAAUGUAUAUAAAAAACAGUGAAGGGUGCUUCAGUAAGUGUUGACAGAUUAAUGUAAUGGAUUUACAGGAUUAAUAGAAUUAACUAUGGCAACACAGAGUUCUUUACCCCCAUGUGUGAAGUUAACUGGUGGUAAACGUGUUGCUCCGGGACCUUUAAUCGUGACAACAAGUGAUGAGGAUUCUUCAGAUGGGGAAUUGUUUCCAACAAGUCCUAGGGCCAGUAUUGCCCCGAAGGUAAGUCCCCGUGCUAACGUGACGAAUAUAACAGAGACAUAUCCCAGUUUGAAAUUAGACUUAUCACGGACCUUCCCUGAGAAAACAGAUAAGUUUGAUACUUUUAGACAUGAACGCUCAGAAACAAAAUUACAGACUUUUACUGCUCGGGCAUCGUCGCCGUCAGCCGAACCCGGCUCAAACUCUCACAGGCAGGCCUGUGAAGGAUACGAACAUGACCACGAUUAUGAAAAUGUAGCAUCGCCUAGUGGGAGCAGUACAGCAAGUGGUCCAGUAUAUGUAAGGCCACCAGGGUUUCAGCACCAUGCGCAGGAAAUUAGAAGGAAAAAGAAAAAACCGACUGGCUUGUUAGACCGAAGAGAAGGACUCAAGAGUCGAGCCCCAACUCCACCAAAAGUCAAACCUAGACGAGAUCCUUUGCCAAUGAGGCUACGAGCGUUACCACAGUCAUUCUGGAAACAACCGAAUAAUCCAGCCUCAUUGUCACCAGGAAACAUGUUUUCAUCUUUACCUCCCCUUAGUUAUAACAAAGACGAGGAGGUGGCAGAAGUCCGGCCCAUCACACCUCCCGAAGAACGUGAGAAAAGUAAGAAACACACAAAGGUGCCAGAGAGGAAGGUAAUUGUUACUGGUGACACAGAUCUUCUUUUGAAACAUCUUUUUGCUGGCGUCAUGGAGGAGAAAAAAUCGACACAGAAUAGUAAUGCAGCUCAUUUAAAACGCGGAAGGCCGCCGAAAAAAAUGAUGACCUUACCAAGUAAAACCCAGACAAAGGGACUAAUGUCCGGGGAAGAUCCUUACCUGAUAGAUUGUUCACUGUCACAAAAACUGUUCCCCCAGUUGUCGUUAGAGACAAGCACGCGGCAAGGGCAUGGAGGGAGCUCAUCAUUACAACUGAUAACGUUACGUGAAGGGGACAAGUCCGUCACAUUACCGUCACUUAGUAUUGAACAGAAUUAUUCACAGAUGCUGUCAGAGCUAGUUAUGAAUAUCUGACUACCAAAUAUGUGGUCAUUUCAGACAAAGACAUUUCGUUCCGAAUCACUUCAGACGGUUUAAGAGAAAGUUAAACUAAACUACAAACUUUCUAUUUAGAGAAAUGUGGUUAUGUGAACAAGUUUAUGUCGGGUAGAUUUCAAGAGAGUGCCGUGUUAAUUCAUUAUAUGGAAUGUACAUGUAUAUAAGAACAAACUUGUGGUGUUCCGAGUUCUCAUAUAUAUUUGUUGUUCCGGAACAGUAUAGGCAAUACACUAUAUACGACAGUACAACAUAUACAAAAUACUUUACUAUCUGUGAUACUUAUUUAUUUUUCGUUGUUUAUAUAGUCAGUGAUAUUGUUGAGGUUGCCAUGGAAACAAGUGAACACACAUAUAUAUAUCUGCAGGGUAGAUUUAUUGGAGUGAUUUUCUCCCCUUACUUUGUUGAUAAUUUUAAUAUACUUUUUCCGUCCAAUAUCAGGUUAAGUUAAAUUUGUAAAUUAUUUAUUGAAAAUCUUUUUCAAAAUAUCUGUACUAUAACUUUAUGGAAAAUAUAAUCAUAUAUACCUCUAACCAAAUUCUUUAAAAUAUUUUUAACAAUAUAAAUGGACAUGCUAGUUAGAUACUUAAUUUAUAUUCGAGUGUUAUCUGUUUUUCCUUGUUAUUUCUGUUAUAUAAGAGCAAAUCUGUGAUAGAUAAAUCUUUAAUAAUGUUGCCAUUUUACAAAUUUCUGUAUAAAAUCAUAUCAAAUUAUCUUUAAUGAGGAAUUUAUGCGAUUGUUCUUAAAGGACAUGUACUGCUUAACUUGAAGUUGAUAAACAUGUAAUUUUUAUGACAUCCUUUAACCACAUAAUUGAAAUAAUAUGUGUUAUAAAGAGGGAAAAGUUAGAAUUUAAAUAAUUUAAAUCAAUAAAGUUUUAUCUCAGUCAAUAAACUCUAUGUUAUCUGACUUCAAGUCAAUGUACAUAUUUACAUUGUAUUUGAAUUGAAGUCAAUAAAUAAAU